AUGAGAACGAAGUCGAAUGUUGCCACGGAACUUCGCGACUCUAUCGAAAAUCUUUGUACACCGGCUGCCACAUACACAAAGUUCCUCUCCAAACUUUGGCCUGUGUUCAAAAAGAUACUGGAGGGCAAGCCUGAUUUUACGCCUACCUCCUUCGAGCAUAUCCUCAGAAACCAGAUACUGGAGAUUCUACACAGAUUACAACAUGCGUCGCCCGAAGUGGAACCGUAUGCCUUGGAGAUUGUCGAGACUUUGAUGGAGUUGGUGCGGGUUGAGAAUGAGGACAAUGCGGUUCUCUGCUUGAAGACCAUCAUGGACAUCGAGCGGCAUCAGCCGGUUGCAACCGCAUCAAAAGUCCAACCCUUCCUGGAUCUUAUCCAGGAGAUGUUCGAAAUGAUGGAGCAGGUCGUACGCGAUACCUUUGACUCUCCUGCGGCUCAUCAUCAGGCACCGUCGACCACACCCAACCCCCCCGGGCAAACCUUCCAGUCGCCUCGACCUGGUUCGCCAGCAACGACGGUGUCGGAUCCCGGAAAUGAGAAGAAAGAACACACACCACUCGCCACAGGCAUGCAGUCCUUCAAGGUUUUGUCGGAGUGCCCCAUCAUCGUCGUUUCCAUCUUCCAAGCGCAUCGUAGCUCUGUGGCAGCCAAUGUUAAGAAAUUCGUGCCGUCGAUCAAGGGGAUCCUGCUGUUGCAGGCGAAGGCACAAGAAAAAGCACAUGCAGAAGCAGCGGCCCACAAGACCAUCUUCACCGGAGUGAGCAAGGAUAUCAGGAAUCGCGCCGCCUUCGGUGAUUUCAUUACCGCACAGGUCAAGACCAUGAGUUUUCUUGCGUACCUUCUGAGAGUAUAUGCGAAUCAGCUGACGGAUUUUUUGCCGGCUCUGCCCGGCGUGGUCGUCCGUUUACUCAAGGACUGCCCACGAGAGAAGUCGGGAGCUCGGAAGGAGCUGCUGGUAGCUAUUCGUCACAUUAUCAACUUCAAUUAUCGCAAGAUCUUCUUGAACAAGAUCGACGAGUUGCUGGACGAGCGAAUUCUCAUUGGCGAUGGCCUCACCGUGUACGAAACGAUGCGCCCCCUGGCGUACAGCAUGCUGGCCGAUCUGAUCCACCAUGUUCGAGAUUCUCUCGAUCGGAACCAGAUUCGACGAACGAUCGAAGUCUACACGAAGAAUCUCCACGACAACUUUCCAGGGACGAGUUUUCAGACAAUGAGCGCCAAACUGCUUCUGAACAUGGCUGAAAGCAUCACCAAGUUGGAGAACAAGGAAGAUGCAAGAUAUUUCUUGAUCAUGAUCCUGGAUGCUAUUGGAGACAAGUUCGCUGCGAUGAACUAUCAGUACGACAAUGCUGUCAAAUUGAGCAAACAAUACGGGGACAAGUCCACGGAGAACCAACCGGAAACUUAUAUGGACGACAAAGAUCAGAUUCCGGACUGGGACGAGGUGGACAUCUUCAACGCCACUCCCAUCAAAACAUCGAACCCACGGGAGCGAGGCGCCGACCCAGUUAACGACAACAAGUUCUUGUUCAAAAAUCUCGUCAACGGCCUCAAGAAUAUGUUCUAUCAACUCAAAACCUGCAAUCCUCCUGGACUCAAUGUGGACCAGGCAAGCGCACCUUUGAACUGGGCUGAAGUCUCCUUCGGCUACAAUGCUGAAGAGACCCGUGUGGUCACGAAGCUUUUCCAUGAAGGUGCCCGCGUCUUUCGUUACUACAGUGCUGAAACUCCUCCACCUGACCUUCAGUAUUCGUCUCCCGUGGACUUUAUGGCAAGCCACUCAAUGUCACAGAUGACCCGGGAGGAAAAAGAACUGCUGGAGAGCUUCGGCACAGUUUUCCACUGCAUCGACCCGGCCACGUUUCACGAAGUCUUUCAAGCCGAGAUACCGUAUUUGCACGUAUUGAUGUUUGAACAUACAGCGUUACUCCAUCUUCCUCAGUUUUUCCUGGCCAGUGAGGCGACAUCACCGGCAUUUGCAGGAAUGGUCCUUCAGUACCUGAUGAACAAGCUACCAGAAGUCGGCUCGUCUCACAUUGUCCAGUCGUCAAUCUUGUUGAGAAUGUUCAAAUUGUCCUUUAUGGCGGUCACACUGUUCUCUUCGCACAACGAACAGGUUCUGCUCCCCCACAUCACGAAGAUAAUUACGCAAUGUGUACAGCUGUCUGUGACAGCAGAAAAACCGAUACACUACUUCAUACUUCUUCGUUCCCUGUUCAGGAGUAUUGGUGGCGGACGAUUCGAACUGCUCUAUAAGGAGAUCCUUCCUCUUCUUGAAAUGCUGUUGGAGACGUUCAACCACCUCCUUCAAGGCGCACGAGAUCCCCAUGACCGAGACCUGUACGUCGAACUCACAUUGACGGUUCCUGCCAGACUGAGUCACUUGUUACCGCACCUGAACCAUUUGAUGAGGCCUUUGGUGGUAGCCCUUCGGGCCGGGCCCGACCUCGUCGGUCAGGGCCUUCGAACCCUCGAAUUAUGUGUCGACAACCUUACCGCUGACUACUUGGAUCCCAUCAUGGCACCAAUCAUGGACGAUUUGAUGACAGCUCUGUUCGAACAUCUCAAACCGCAGCCCUAUCAGCAUUUCCACUCCCACACAACGAUGAGAAUCCUAGGCAAGCUAGGAGGCCGAAAUCGAAAGUUCCUGAACCACCCACAUCAGUUGGCGUUCCGACGAUACACCGACGAUACGCCUAGUUUUGAUAUCAGACUUAUCGAAACAAGUCGCGACCGCGCUUUCCCGCUCGAUACGGGGGUCGAUUUAGCAAUUCGAAAGCUCAGUGAGACGGCGAAGACGACUGCCGUGAAACCUUUGGAUCUGUAUUACAAACAACAGUCAUUCAAGUUGAUCAGCAACGAAGUGAAGCUGUUCAUCGGCUAUGAUCACCUUCCAGACGAUUUUGCAGCUCUUCUUCGACUCCAAGCGAACGACCUCCUUGCACGGCGUUUUUCAACAUAUGCCGAUACAUUGGCCGAAAACGAAUGGGGGAAGUCGGUGCAGAAACGCCGUGAACAGGAAGAAAACCUAAGGAAACUGCUCAAGACAUGCUUCACUGCAACGACUAUCCCAGAUCUGAAACCCCAAGCGGACGCCUUUAUUCUGAACAUAUCUCGUCAUUUCACCAUGGUCGAACUUGGCCAGGCUCUGCAUGAUGCCGGCCGAAAGACGAAAGAGUUUGAUGUUCAUAUGAACGAAGGGGCAGUCCAUCUCAGUACGAGAAUACUUGCUGACGUUCUUUGCGAUUGUCUGGCCUCAGAUAAUGUUGUCAUCAGAGAAGCGGCCGAAGCAUCGAUGGUAGCAGUCGUCGAUACAGCUCGCAUUAUCUUCGGCAGUGAGGAAAAGGCCGCCAGACUUCCCUUCUUCUCCCAUCUCACUCAGACAUUCUGCCACGGAUGCCGAGAAGUCGAGUGGUUCACCAAAGCUGGUGCGACCUUGGGAAUCCAAAUUCUGGUGACCAAGCUGGGCUUGGGCCAUGCUUUCCUCAAUAGUAAACAGCUCGAGAUUAUCAAGGCACUGUUGUUCAUCAUCAAAGACACGCCUCAAGAAGUCCCGGCCAGCACACGAAUUACCUCGCAAGAGACACUGGAAUUCAUUCUCCGGCAGUGCUGCGCAGGUCAGACCCGAGAAAUGAUCACGAACGAGAAAAGCACCAUUCAUGCGCUUUCCCUUACAUUCAGCGUCGAGCUCUCUCACAUGAAUAAACAUGCACGUGAGACUGCACAGCGUGCUUUUGCGAUCAUGGCAGAGGUGGUAGGCGUGGAAGUCCACGAGCUCAUUGCCCCUGUCAAGGAAAGACUGUUGCAACCCAUAUUCAAUAAACCACUCCGAGCUCUGCCGUUCCUCUCGCAAACUGGAUUUAUUGAUGCAAUAACGUAUUGCUUGGGCCUGGGACAUGAUUUUGUUCCCUUGAACGACCAACUGAAUCGUCUGAUGAUGGAGUCCCUUGCCCUGGCAGAUGCCGACUCCGAGAUCCUGCAUCCGAAACCCGAUGAGUUCAAUAAUUCUCAGCUGAUUAUCAACCUCCGUGUGUCUUGUUUGAAGCUCUUGUCCAUUGCCAUGAGUUUGCCCGACUUUGCGACCGGUCCUCAAAACACAAGCCGAGCACGCAUCAUCACGGUGUUUUUCAAAUUGCUUUAUUCAAGGUCGCCAGAGAUCAUUGAGGCCGCCAAUGCAGGUCUGAAAGAAGUUUUGGUCCAAACCGCAAAAUUACCCAAGGAUCUUCUUCAAAAUGGCCUAAGACCUAUCUUGAUGAAUCUGCAAGACUCGAAGCGGCUCACUGUUGCUGGACUGGAAGGACUGGCGAGGCUCUUAACCCUGUUGACCAAUUAUUUCAAGGUGGAGAUAGGUGCACGACUCCUGGAACACAUGAAAGUAAUCGCAGAUGACCAACUCCUCCAGAAAGUCUCGUUUGGUCUGGUUGAGCAAAACCCUCAGAUGAAGAUCGUCACGGCGAUAUUCAAUAUCUUCCACCUCCUGCCUCCUGCAGCUGCGAGCUUCAUGGCGGAUCUGGUGAACAGCGUCUUGGAUUUGGAGGGAAAGUUGCGCCGCACGGUGGCCAGUCCAUUUCGGCCACCUCUGAUCUUGUAUCUUGACAAAUAUCCGGCAGAAACAUGGUCGUUCUUCCGGUCACGCCUGCAGGAAGAGAAGUACGGACGAUUUUUCGGGCAAAUCCUGGCCUCUGAGUCCAGUCGCGCUUUACGUGACACCGUGAUGAAAGAUACUGAAGGGCUGAUCAAGGCCGCCUUCGAGGUCGAAGCGGAUCAAGAAAAAAAUACCGCCGCGAUUAGUGGCAUUUACAUCGUGCAUUCGAUUUGCAUGUUCGACUUAGCCAAGAAUUGGCUACGAGAACAAGAUCGGCUGCGACUUAAGGUUUUGUCGGCCGGACAAGAGCUAGAAGGUCUAUUGCGAAAAGACCUUCUGCAACCUCCACAGCGACUACGGGCUGAACAGACUGGAGACCAAUUAAUGGACAUUUUGACGCAGUAUUUGGAGUCGGUGCCCGAUGAUCUUGACUUUAUGAUCGAGGUCUGUUCCUCCUCCGCGCAAGGGAGUAUCAAAUCCCCAUUGAAAUUGACCAAAUACCUCUUCGACUCUGUCAUCACCGACGAAUCCACCGCACGCCGGUUUAGCAUCAUUGAGAAAUGUCUCGACAUUUAUUGUCAGAAAUCCGAGGCUCAGAAGGUGAAGACAUUCCUAUUACACAAUGUCGUCAAUCCGAUUAUGGCGAGGGAUGUUCAAAAUACUCGUCGUAAGAAUAACAAGGCUGGUACUUUGGCGGACAGCAAGCUGUUCAACCUCUUCCUAGAGCGUCUGUGGAAGCCCGCAGCCCCUGAGACGAGUGAUGACUCAUCUCAGCCGGGAAUUGACCAUUCGCGCAUGGAGGCACUGCAACUGUCAGCCUUGGUCCUGAAAUAUCACAAAGACGCUGUAUCCGAGGACCGAAAGGAUAUCAUCAAGUACUCGUGGGGACACAUCAAGCUGGAAGAUGUUAUUAACAAAUACGCGGCCUAUGUUCUCAUUUGCUACUUUAUUCGAUCCUAUGACACUCCACCGAAAAUCGCCGUGCAAAUCUAUAAUCAGUUGCUGAAAGCGCACCAAAACGAGGGCAAGGCUUUGGUCACUCAAGCUCUGGAAGUGCUGGCUCCUGUUCUACCGGCCAGGAUGGGUGCUGCCACCAAUACUCCCGGCGAUAAGCGAUCUCCACACUGGGCUCGCCUGCCGCGUAAGAUCCUCAACGAGGAGGCCGGUAACCUGCAGCAAGUUCAGAGCAUUUUCAACUUCAUUGUGCGCCAGCCCGACUUGUUCUAUGAUUCAAGAGAGUUCUUCGUCCCAACCAUAGUUCAGAUGCUUCACAAGAUCGCUCCUCCACCGAACCCUUCAAACGAAAACAAGAAGCUCGCACUUGCUUUGAUUUCAUUGAUCCAACAAUGGGAGAGCCGCCGGGUUUCUGCCGUGUCCCCGGCUCAGUCAGUAGCGGAGCUCUCGACUUCACGCAAGAGAGAUUCUUCCGGAGCUCAAUCCUUGGCGCCUCCGCCAACCAAGGAGAAAGCCGAAUAUCUAAUUCCGCUGGAGCUUCGCAAGGCCGUCGUCAAAUACAUGAUCACAUUCAUCACGUCUUUGCCAGAGCGGUUUCCAGUGCCGGCGGCGGAGCUGAAGGCCAAGACAAUGCAGAAGGCCCAACAGCCAGCUUUGUCGAAUGACAUGUGCAAGAAAAGUGUGCAGCUGCUUCGGGAUCUAUUGGCUCCAAAUUUGUGGUCGGACGUCGACGUCGGUCUCUAUGAAAAGCUUUUGGAGCCGAUUUUGAGUGGCGACAAAGCAGAUAAGAUGGAGGAGAAGCAAUUGACUUGCAUGAUCAACGCUUUGCAGGUGAUGCGCAUUCUGCUGGGCACGAAGUCGAACGAAUGGAUUAUCGAUCACAUGGAAAAAAUCCAGAAGCUGCUGGAAAAGCCCUUGAAGAUGGAUGAACCAGAAAUUCAGGACUGUCUCCAUUUGGUCACUGACGACAACAAGUCUAUUCCCUUGGUACGCCAAAUUCUCGAGGCCAUUCCGAAGCAACGGACAGACGAGGAAGAUGCCAUGGAAUUGGACACCACCCCUUCAGACUUUCCCACCCGGUUUUCCAAAGUUCUCGUCGGUGAAGCCCUUUCGUCCGGCAACUAUACUUCCGGGAUCAAUAAUUUGUGGACAUUGUCUUUAGUUCGACCGAGCGACGUUGAUGACCAUAUCAACGGGGCGAUGAAAGCCUUGCAGCAAAAACUGGCGAAGGAACAUAUCAACGCGUAUGUGAUACCACCCGGGCCGCCUCCGCAAGGGUGGCGGCUCGGUGAACCGUUGAUGGAUCCUUACGAAUUCGCCCUCGGAGUCGACCUGAUCAAGAAAACAAUCGACAUUCUAUCACUGCGCAUGGGGGAGCUUAACGAUCAGCGCCGCCCAUUCUUGAGUGUCCUCGCCUCUCUCGUUGAGAAGUCUUUCAACGAUGAAAUGUGCAACAAAGUCCUGGACAUGGUCGAAAAGUGGGUAUUCAAUUCUACCGAACCGUGGCCAACCCUCAAGGAGAAAACCGCUGUCCUCCACAAGAUGCUUAUCUUCGAAAAAUGGCCUACGCAGAAGCUGCUCGAACGCUUCCUUGAACUUGUGAUCAAGAUCUACGAGGAUCCUACGGUGACGAGGACCGAGUUGACCGUCCGAUUAGAACAUGCUUUCCUGAUUGGAACUCGCGCCAAAGAUGUGAAGAUGCGGAAUCGCUUCAUGAGUAUCUUUAAUCGUGCCUUGUCCAAGACCGCCAGCUAUCGGUUGAAUUAUGUGUUAACACUCCAGAACUGGGACACUUUGGCAGACUCCUUCUGGUUGAAACAAGCAUCGCACCUCAUUAUGGGUUCGGUGGAAAUGUCCAUGCCCGCUCGUCUGCAUCCUGAGGAUGUUCGUGUCUGUCCCGUGUCUCAAUUGUUCGAUCCCAAUCUGGUGAGUCCAGAGCAACCAAAGGACGAUUUGAUGAUCGAAGAUAGUCUGGAAGCUCUUGUUGCUGCGCAGCGUCGCUUCAAUCAAGAAAUUCACGAAGUCAAAGUGGGAGAUCUUCUUGAUCCCAUCACCCAGCUUCAGCACAUUGACGACACCGUUGCUUACGAUGUAUGGGUCAAGCUUUUCCCUCUUUGUUGGUCCGCUUUAAGCAGAGACGAACGACUUGAUCUCGAGAAAGGCAUGGUCACUCUUCUCACUCGGGAAUAUCACCAAAGACAACUGAAUCUGCGCCCCAACGUGGUGCAGGGAUUACUCGAAGGAGCUGUCCGAGCAAAGCCGAGAUUCAAGGUGCCACCACAUGUCAUGAAAUUCCUGAGUCGGACUUACGAUGCGUGGUACACCGCACUUAUCUCGCUGGAGGAAUCGACCAUCGAUCCAUUGAUUGAUACCCCGCAAGUUCGCGAGAGCAACCUUGAUGCUUUGGUCGAAGUGUAUGCGGGGCUUCAAGAAGACGACCUGUUUUAUGGAACUUGGAGAAGAAGAUGCAAGUUCAUGGAAACGAAUGCGGCUUUAUCAUAUGAACAGCAUGGAAUCUGGCAUAAAGCACAGCAACUGUGGGAAGCAGCGCAAGUGAAAGCAAGAACCGGUGUUGUUCCUUUCUCGCAAGGAGAGUAUUAUCUCUGGGAGGACCACUGGAUUAUUUGCGCACAAAAGCUUCAGCAAUGGGACAUUCUGGGUGAAUUCGCCAAGCACGAAAAUUUCAGUGACCUUCUCCUGGAAUCGGCUUGGAGAAACUAUGAAGCUUGGAACGGAGACGAAAACCGCAACCAACUGGACUCAAUGAUCAAAUCCGUCUCUGAUGCACCCACCCCCAGACGAACGUUCUUCCAAGCGUUCAUGGCGCUCCUUCGAUACAACUCGAAACAAGUGUCUCGUGCCGAGUUCCAGCAUGUCUGCGAUGAAGCUAUCCAGCUGUCCAUCCGUAAAUGGCAUCAGCUUCCUAAGCGAAUCACCAAUGCUCAUAUUCCCAUUCUGCAAAACUUCCAACAACUGGUUGAAUUGCAUGAUGCCAGCGUCAUUUGUGACAGUCUGAUGGGAACGAAUGAGCGAAACCUCGACAACAAAUCGCAAGAAGUCAAACUGUUGCUGCAGGCCUGGCGAGAUCGCCUACCAAACAUUUGGGAUGAUAUCAACGCAUGGCAAGACCUCGUCACCUGGCGUCAGCAUGUCUUUCAACUCGUCAACUCGACCUAUUUGCCACUUCUCCCGCAAGGCGGCAAUAACGUUGGCAACAACUCCUACGCUUUCCGAGGCUACCACGAGACCGCAUGGAUAAUUAACAAGUUUGCCCAUGUCGCUCGCAAGCACCAGAUGCCGGAAGUGUGUAUCACCCAGCUGGGCAAAAUUUAUACCCUACCCAACAUUGAGAUCCAAGAAGCCUUUCUGAAAUUGAGAGAGCAAGCAAAAUGCCACUACCAGAACAAGGCCGAGUUGAACAACGGCUUAGACGUCAUCAAUAACACCAAUCUGAACUAUUUCGGUGCUCAGCAAAAAGCCGAAUUCUACACACUCAAAGGAAUGUUUUUGGCCAAGUUACAGCAUGCCGAGGAAGCAAACGAGGCAUUUGGGGUCGCGUUGUAUUAUGACCUGCGAUUGCCAAAGGCGUGGGCCGAAUGGGGCCAAUAUUCGGAUCGCAAGUUCAAGGAGAACCCCGUUAACAUCGAGGCUGCCAGCAAUGCUGUGAGCUGCUACCUUGAAGCGGCAGGGUUGUACAAGAGCGCCAAAUCAAGAAAGAUGCUCAGUCGAGUCCUAUGGUUGCUCAGUCUCGAUGAUGAAGAAGGCCGUAUUGCCAAGGCAUUUGAAGAUUUCAAGGGUGAGACACCAGUCUGGUAUUGGACUACAUUUGUACCACAGCUUCUCGGCUGUCUCGAGCACAAGGAAGCACGCCUGGCCAAGGCCGUUCUGGUCAAGAUCGCGAAGGCCUUUCCGCAGGCACUCUUCUAUCAUUUGAGGGCGACACGAGAGGAGUUCUUGACCAAGAAGAAGCAAUUGGAGGCCCAGAAACGCCAGCAGAAGCCUCAACCGGAAAAGACCGAAGGUGGAUCACGACCGGGCACGGCAAAUGGCGACACGCCAGUGAAUGGUUCAUCGUCACCGAAACCGAAGCAAGAACCUCAUGGAGACGGUCAACCGAACGGAACCGAAGUGGAGAAAAAGGAAGAGCCCAAGAAGCCGUGGGACCAUACCGAUGAGAUCAUGGCUGGAUUGAAGACGGCCUUCCCACUACUUGCUCUGUCGAUGGAGACCAUGACCGAUCAACUCUCCAAGCACUUCAAAUGUCCCCCCGAUGAAGAUGCUCACCGACUCAUCGUGGCCUUGCUGAACGAUGGCCUCGCGUACAUUAGCAGGGCUCCCAUAACUUAUGCGGAGGGAGCGAAGUUGCCGCCCUCCACUGAAACGAACAUUGCUCGUUUUGUGACUUCCGUUCUUCCGGCUCACAUUCGCAAGUCAUUCGAAGCCGACUUUGUUCAUACCAAGCCCACGAUGUACGAAUACAUCCACAAGUUAAGACGGUGGAGAGACAAAUUUGAACAGAAGCUUGACCACCGACAACAAUGGGCUCCACUCGAGUCCUACAGCCAUCAUCUGAGCGAAUUCAAAUUUCUCAAAUUCGAUGAUUCCGUCGAGGUUCCUGGCCAAUAUCAACAACACAAAGACAAGAACACUGAUUUCGUUCGUAUCGAGCGCUUUAUGCCUGCAGUCGAACUGGUGCGAGGAAAUAACAUCUGCCAUCGCCGACUCACAAUUCGCGGCCACGAUGGAUCCUUGCAUACCUUCGCAGUCCAGCAUCCAACGGGCGGCAAGGUCAGGAGAGAAGAGCGCAUUGUACAACUCUUCCGUAUCUUCAACCAGACUUUGGCCAAACGCAAAGAGUCUCGACGCCGCAAUUUGUACUUCCAUCUUCCCAUAUUCGUGCCAAUCGCUCCAUACAUCCGUCUCGUGCAGGACGACGCUUCUUACGUCACGUUGCAGACGGUCUACGAAGACUACGUUCGCAACACACCAGGAAUGUCACGCGACGAUCCAAUGCUGUUCGUUCUGGAAAAGUCGCGGACAAUUGCGGAGCAACAAAAGGCCUCGCCUCGUACUCCUGAUCAGUUGGCGGUCAUGAAGACGGAGAUUUUCAACACCAUUCAGGAACGCUGGGUGCCGAACAACGUUGCCCGACGUUACUUCCAAGCCAUCUACCCUACCUAUGCAGAUUUCUGGCUCUUCCGACGACAAUUUUCGUACCAAUUCGCCGCAACAACGUUCAUGACUUAUAUCAUGCACAUGUCGUCCCGAUACCCAAUGAAAUUCUCCAUUUCUCGGUCGACAGGCGAUAUCUGGGCAAGUGACUUGCUCCCCAAUUUGAACUCGACGCGUGCGUAUUUCUUCAAUCCUGAGGCUGUACCGUUCCGUCUCAGCCCCAACAUUCAAACCCUGAUGGGCCCGCUGGCCGUCGAGGGUAUCUUCACCGCGUCUCUCAUGGCUAUCGCAAGAUGUCUCGCGGAGCAAGACCAGGGAUACGAAAUGGAGCAACAACUCAGCAUCUUCGUUAGAGACGAGAUGUACAAUUGGGCGGCAGGCCGUUCUCAAUCUUCCAGUUCGAACGAAGCGAAAAUGGAGGGUCAGCAUCUCCGUGAGCUGGUGUCGCAGAAUACGGAUUUCAUUGUCCGCCGAGCCUUGACGCUUGCGAAGACACAAGGUACCGUAGGCAAUGCUGCUGAAGGAAGCAAUGCGACUGGAGUGUUACCCGCUUGUCAGAAUGUCGUCGAUCUCGUCAGUCGAGCGACUGAUCCGAUGAAACUAAGUGCGAUGGAUGGGCUGUGGAUGCCUUGGCUCUAG